UCGAACACAUUUGUGGGCUGCACGACAACAUGGCGGGGUAGCUACUGCAGAUAGCAAACGGAGGGAUUCGAUGUUGUUUUAGGAUAAGACGAUAACAUGGAGUCCAUUGAUUUGGAGAGGGAGGACCCUCCUAGCUCACUAUCUGGAUAUGCCAAUGGUGAGAUCAUGACCUUGGAGAUCUCAGACGUCUCUCCAGACUUGCUUGUUCUCGCGGUAAAGGACAGCAAUCUACCUGAAAGUAUCCAUGGCAGCCUGGACAUGGAGAUGAAUGCUGACUUUCAUGAGGAUGAUGAUGAUGGGCAUGGUUUUGCAAAUGUGGAACUCCAGUUCUUUCCCUGUGAUGCCUGCGAAGCCUCCUUCACUAGCGAACCGGAGCUGGAGCAGCACUUGAUAAGCUCUCACUCAAUAUGUGAUGUAGCAAGUGAGAGAGGAAGACAGAAGGCCAAGUCAAUGGAAACAGAAGGUGUCUCACCCCUGCACACCUGCAUGACUUGUGGGAAGGUGUUCAAAUAUCUAACUUCAUUCCGAAAACAUGAGGAAACUCAUAUAAAAGCCCUGUACACCUGCAAGACUUGUGGAAAGGAGUUUAAAUACCUAACUUCGUUUACAAAGCACCAGGACACUCACGUUGUACCAAGAACGAGAGGAAGAAGAAAGGGUAAGUCGAUCAAAGCGGUUGGCCUAAGUGUCAACAAGAAAAUGAAAGGCCUUCACACCUGCAAGCACUGUGGUAAGGAGUUCAAAUACGUAACGUCUUUCAUAAAGCACGAGAAGACUCACAGGAUCACGAGAACCAAAAGAAGCCACAAAAAACAGAGGAAACUUUCAACUUCCAAGAUUAUUCUACAUCUUCAAGGCAAUAGGAAAGAUGCCACAGAAACUCACGUAAGGGCCAACAAGAAAAACAGGAAGAACAGUGAAGAUACUAAUGAUCAGGAUGCAUGUAUUGUAAUAUCUUCCGCUGAGCAGCAAACGCCUGACACGAAACGUUCUCCUCCAUUUCCUUGUCUGGACUGUGGGAAGAUUUUUAAGUUUUUCAAAUCUUACCAAAAACACCAGAAAAGACAUGCUUGGGCACAGGGCAAAAGUGAAGGAGUGCCUCCUAAACAGAAGCACGGACCAGAAGCGAAAGAAAAUAUUAGAUGUCCGGUUUGUGGUAGAGCAUUCAACAAGCAAACAACUCGCAACAAGCACCAGAACAUUUAUCAUCUGAAAAAUAACUUGCAUAAAAACACAAAUGCAUUAAUGUGCUGUGAAUGUGACCGCCAUUUUGAAAAGGCAGAUCUUUUCCAAAAGCACAAGUGCUUCCACCUGCGUAAGCAUGUAAAGGCUUUCAUAGAGGCAGGUAGGGUGAGCCAAGAUGGGGAUGUUUUCUAUUGUCAACUCUGUGUCCUACAGCUCACCAGUGGACUGGAGUUUGAGAAUCAUGCCAGGGACAUACACCCAGACCAGUACCGCAAAAUCCUUAAAGCGGUUGGCAAUAUCAUUAAAGACACCUUGAAAGGCUUGCAGACACGAAGGGUUGACAAUCAGUCAACAAGUCAGGAGGAACCUGAAAUAAACUUAAACAGUGUAGGAGAGACGGAGGAGGAUGGAUCGAGACAAUUCAUUUGCAAGAAUUGUGGGGGAUAUUUCCUAUAUCGUGUUUCGUUUACAUUUUGCGGGAAGUGUUUAAAGGAUCGCAAAGACCGCAGGAAAGCAUCCAAGGUGUACCACUGCGAGGAAUGUGGCCAACACUUUGGCCGAAAGGAUCACCUGAAGCGCCACAGCUAUUCUCAUUCUGGCAGUUCCUUUGUCUGUUCUGAUUGUGGUGUUAAAUUCAGGGAUCCGGGAGAGUUGCGUACACAUGAAAAGACUCAUCAGGUGAGAAACCACGCCUGCCAGCAGUGUGGGAAGCGGUUUGAACAGGAAGAGGAACUGAUGUUGCAUCGUGAAGUUGCUCACCCAGAACCAGGCGGUUAUACAUGCCACCGGUGCGGCAAGACAUUUAGUACAGUGAAAAAUCUGGGAAAACACAGAAUGAUCCAUUCGAAUAAAACUCCCCAUGUCUGUUCAAAUUGCGGUACGAAGUUCAAGAGGCGCGAGCACCUGAGGCGGCAUGAGAGCCUGCACACCAACGAGAAACCUCAUCUUUGUCAUUGUUGUGGUGAUACAUUCGGGCGGAAGGAGGACCUUAACACCCACCUCGGUAAAAUGCACAUCAUAUCAAGACAUUUUCUUUGUAAAGCUUGUGGUACAAGUUUCAAGGACCGUAACGCUCUCAGGAGACAUAGGUAUCACGCUCACACUAAGGCUGGCAAGGUGUUCCAAUGUGAGUCAUGUGGCCUAAGCUUCGGUCGGGCGGAUCAUCUGAAGCGCCACAAGCACACACAUUCCACUGAAAGAUCCUUCUCAUGCUCAAUGUGUUACAAAGUAUUCCACCGGGCAGACAACCUCAAGAAGCAUGAAAGAAAUCACAGGAACAAGUGGUUGGAAUACCUGAACACUCACCGCCACAAAACGCCCAAGCAGGAGAGCAGAUUUUCUGAGAGAUCCAAGUGGAAACUGCGUCGAUCUGAAGCAUCGGCCCUACUAAAGCUUAUCCAGAGUCACUCCAAGCAGCAGCAACAUAUCUGCUACGUUUGUAAAAAGACUUUCAGGGGAAUUUACUAUCUAAAGCGGCACCGUCUACUAAACUGCUGUGUACAAAGAAAUAAAAUGGAUUCAUUCCGGUAUGGGACUGUUAAAUAACCUACUUUGGUGUUGAUAACCUGACCGAUUUAGAAGUGAAACUUCAUUUUAUUUUGUAGAACUCGUUGGUGUGUUUUUGUAUACAGUGAGCUGUAGAGCUGGGACGAUAAACUGAAAAUGAUCGACACCGAUCGCAUAUCGCAGGGAUUGAGCUGAUAUCGUUCAUUAAGAUAAGUAUCCUAUACUAGAGAAAUGUGACAUUUGAAAUUAAAUACGUUUGCUAAUAUGGGUGAUUGUUAAGGGGACAAUUGAUGGUUACAACCAUCAAACUAGGAGAAGUAGUACUAAACAAUCUUUUUUUUACGGUGGUGCACAUCGUUAAACUUGUCGUGCGAUUUUAUCGUUAUUGCAUCAAUUUUUUUUGGUCCAUAUCGUCCAGCUCUAGUGAGCUAUGGCUUGCUGUAUCUUGUAUUGUCAUGCAUUUUCACAAUGAAAAUUAUAACAUCAAAAUGA